GGUUUGCAUUAAAUAGUCGAUUAGAUAAACGAAAAAUUAUCGGGAAGGUAGGAUUAGCUAAUAUUUGUUUUUUUGAAUUUAUGAAGCUUACUCGUGAUGUAUCUGAUUGCAGAUGUACCUUAAUACCAUUUCUUCGCAUGCGUUUCUCAUCUACAUAGUUUCAAUUACAUUCUACCCCUAAUUCCCUAUUUUUUACCCAAAAAAAUAAUCUAGUAAUUUUUUUCUCAAUGUCAACCCUGAUUUAAAUCCUAUUCUUCCCCCUCACAAAAAAAAUAGGGGGAAUGAGUAAGUGAGAGAAAUAUCGUAUUUAUAUAUGUAUAUAUAUGUCUAUACAUGUAUACAUUAUCAUUCAGUUGUUCCUUUUACAUUCGUACUUCUCAAAUAUAGUCUAAAAAAAUAUUUAAAAAAAGAAAAAGUUAACCGCAAAAAAAUUGUGAUUGUUAUAAUUACUUCUUAUCAUCAUUGUUACAAUAAUUAUUUAAAAAAAGAGAAAUCAUCAAAAAAAUAAAUAAUGCAAUCGGCUGAAAAAAUGUUGAGUCUAAAGUGGACGAGUUUUCCCUCGCAAUUGGCCGUCUCAAUGGAUACAUGCUAUGAGAAACAGCAAUUUGUCGACGUAUCUCUUGUUUGUAAGGAUGGUACAAUUUUAAAAUGUCAUAAAAUGAUACUCGCUAAUGCAAGUACAUUUUUUUCACGUCUAUUAAUCGUUGCCAAUGAUCAUCCACAUCCAAUGAUUAUUCUUCAUGACAUUGAGGCAGACGAUUUAAAGACAAUUAUUAAUUUUAUGUAUUGCGGUGAAAUACAAGUUGUGCAAAGUGAGGUUAGACGAUUAUUGAGAAUAGCAAAUAUCCUUGAAGUUACUGGCCUCACGCAAAUACAAACAAUUGAAACCGGUAGUCCAAAUCAAGAGUGUCAAAUUUUCGAUAAUAUUGAACGUGCCAGUGCAAAUAAUAAUAAUAAAAAUAAUAAUGGUUCCGAGGUAAUAAAUUCAUUCAACAAAUCAAUCGUCAAUAAUGCGGGACAGAAAUUUGACUCGAGUUGUAGUGGAACGCGGUUUGAUUCGAAUAAUCGUGAAAUUAGUAAUAAUACAAUUGGUAAUAAUACAAUAAGUAAUAAUUCAAAUAAUAAUAGUAAUGGUAAUAAUAGUAGUAGUAAUAUUAAUAGUAAUAUUAAUAGUAAUAAUAAUUCACUCUCGAGAUUUGAGAUAAAUUCGCAGAGAUUUGAUUUUAAUUCCCCGAUACGAUUUGAUGCUAAUUCACCAUCAAGUUCAACGUCUAGUGGAUUACGUUAUGAUAGUGGAAGAAUGCAAAUUAAUACGCAACGUUUACCAUCGCGUAAUAAUAGGGAAAUUCUAUCGCCAAGGAGAAUAGAGACAACAUUAAAUCGUGGCAAGGAAUUUGGAACGGAAAUUAUUCAAACUAAUCGUUUACGAUUAGCGAAAGCUGGCAUCGAUAUUCAAGAAGUAAGUAGACCAGGAACGAGUAGAAGUCCACAACCACAGCAAUUGUGUCAAAAGCGAAAAGAAACUGAAACAAAUAAUAAUCCAUUGAGUUGGACACGCGUUUUAAAUAUGUUAUCACGAGAUAAUCAAUUGCCAGUUAAGAAACUUUGUAUGAUGGAUGAAGUUGAAAUAUCGCCGAGUAAAAUUAUUACAGUACAAACGCAACAACAACAGCAACAACAAUCUUCGUCAUCAUCAUCAUCAUCGUCGUCAUCUUCUUCGUCAUCAUUAAUUCAAAUAUCACCAGCUCGCGCAUCCAGUUCAUCAGAACCAGUUGAAUUAUUUAUAAAAGAUGAAACUUUAGAAUUUCCUUUUGAAUCAAACCCGAAGCCAAAUAUCUGAUCUUUAAUCAAUGCCAAUGAUAAUAAAAAUAGUGGUUCAUUGGAUAUAUCGGUUAUUAAGGCAUCAUCUUCGUUUGAAUCUGGUAUUGAGGAAUUGGAGGAUAACGAUUUUGGUCUUGAGAUUGUUGCCCGAUGGAAAAUGAAAUCGGAUUAAAUUUUUUAGUUUCCAUUCAAAAAUUAAUGUUUCAUUUAUUUAUUUACUUCUUUUUGGUAUUUCUGACAUUUUUUGGGAAUUUUUCUAGCUUCAUUUCUUUUUUUUUCAAAGAAAUUUUGUGUUCUUAUGGCCGAAAAGUCUGACGUUGUUUUCUAUUUCUUUCAAACAUUUUGAAUUCUUU